UCGCAAUCUCUGCCCUAGAUCUGACUUGGGAUUCCAUGUUGGUGCGAGUGGCCCAGGCAGCCGAUCACGCUGCUGCUUCGCUGUGCGACAAACAUGGACCAACCGCGGCAUAUUGAUGACUUGGCGGACGAGCUCAUUCAACACAUUCUUUCGUUCCUUCUGGGGUUCGAAUAUCUCUCGCUCGAGCCCUCUCCGACGAGUCUGCACGGCUCUCCCAUUCCGCUGAAUGCCCGAUCGCCCCAUGUAUACGGUGAGAAGUCAGAGUUGGACCGGUUUCGACUCGUCUGUCGAAGGUUCAUGCGCAUCGGCACGCCGCAGAAAUUCCCUCGCUUUGUGCUCCGGUUCUCUUCGGAGGGAUUUCGGAGGCUGGAGGAUCUUCUGAGCAUGCAGCGAGCGUGCCAUGUCAGAAAUUUUACGUACAUGGUGCGACCCUUCUACCAAGGAAGCGGCUGGCCCAAAAUCCUAGAGACGGCCAAUGCAGACAAUCUCCCUCUAUCCUCGAUCCAUAGACGUCGCCUUUCCGAUCAGAAACGUAUCGUCGAAGCGAAUCACGAUCUGCUGUACCUGCGCCGCGCGAUUACGGCAUUCACAUCCCUGCAGCAAGUCAAGUUGCUGCGGUUACAGGAUGAGGCGGAUGAGCAGAUGCUGGACUGGAUCCACGAACACUCGUCAUUGGGAGGAACAACCAGUCUGGAUUGGGAAACGGCAUGUACCAGAGCCGUCACCAAUUUGAGCAUCUCUCUUCUGGACUCCAAUUGUAACGCGGUCAGAUUCGUUGGGCCGCAGAUCAGCCCGGAGGCGACCGUGAAACUGUUACAAGCCCCAUCAACUAGCCUCUCCGCCCUGGGCGCUCGAUUGACGAGCUUAGAUAUCACGUUUUCAUCUACGAUGGAUCUGUCCACGCGCAUGGAGACCUUAUCCAACGUCUUUUACGACUUUUUCCUGGCCGCCAAGAACCUGACAGCCAUCCAUCUAGGCUUCCCAGCCAAUGCGCCGGUCGACUUGCCGCUCGAGAACGUCUUCCAUCGUCAGCAAUGGAAGCAGCUCCGCACGCUGAGCAUCCAGGGCUGGCGUCUAGGCGCAGAUGAGGUGAUUGCGCUCAUCCGCCGCCAUCGGCGACCGUUGCGAGACCUCCGACUGGCCAGCAUCUACCUCCGCCCGGGCGGACGCUGGCGCGACAUCCUCGCCCUGCUCCACGACGAGAUGGACCUCCUCGAGCGCCUCGAUCUCCGGGAGAUCGGUUACACGAGCCACUUGGACGCCUACGGCCACCACCACCACCACCACCACCACCACCACCACCAUCAUCAUCAUCAUUACCACCAUCCUCACCAUCCCCCUCCUCCGAAUGGCAAUGGCACCGGUAACGGCACAGACAGCCCGCAAACACCAACCCUCGCCGUCGUCGUGCAAUCUGCACCCCCGCGCGAAGCCGUCCUAAACGUGGACGUCCUCUCCUUCGCGCAACGCGGCAGCACGCGCCGCACCUUCACGAGCGCGACCCUCGAGAAACUGCGCACCUACACGUCCGAAGACCUGGGCGAUACGGGCGUCAGCGUGCGCCACGACCAGCGGCAAUUCUGGGAAGCGUGGGUGCUGUCUAGUCAACGAUGUAAUGUCCAUUCCAGGGUUUAGCCUUAGUUGGGGUUUCAUGGACGAGUGUUUUCCCUUUUUGCUUUUACAGUGGUAUGUUACGUAUGGCGUAGGAAAGGAAAGACGAACACGAGGAUUAUUAUUUGUGUAUGCGUGUAUGUAUCUGUGUAUGUUGGACGGGCACCAGGUAGCAAUGAGCGACCUCUACUUGUUACUUCUAGCGCCGUACAAGGAAUCCUCGAUUCCACCUUCGCAACCCCAAAAUAGAGGCAUCACCAAAUGGUUUAAUAGUGAGCGAUGCUAAGAAAUGCUGUCAGUUCAAACAAGAA